AUGGCUGGCCGUGCGCUGUUGGUGUGCGUCCUCUGCGUGCUGUGCUGCGCCGCCGGCGGGGGCUGGGCGUGGGACCACCUGUGCCCUGCUGAUGGAAAGGAGCUGUUGAACGUAACAGUGGAAGAUGGGUGGAAGUUCUGCGAUUACAACGAAACUUUUGCGGCGACCACUAAAAAUAAGCCUGCUGACACCGGGGCCAGUGCUGCCACCAAUAAUCCGGCGGGUGCAGGUGCCGGUGCUUCCACGACUGUCGGUGGAAAUGGGCAGGCUGUCGGAAGUGCCGGCGGUGCUGUGGGAGGAACAGUGCCGGUUGCCGAUGUGUCCGAUGGGGAUUCGCGUGGGACGGGUGUGCGGGGCCCACCGGCAGCGCCACCUCCACCCCCUCCUCAAGUGCUGUCCCCACCUCAAACCGGAAAGGGAGUUGGGCGGGCGCAGAGCACCACCGAAGAUGCGUCAAAAGAGCAAAAGGAAGGAGAAGCAACUGCGCUUGCCGAAGGUGCCCGAGCGAAUCAGCCGACUGAAAGUUCAAAGCAAUCACCUGCGCACUCUUCUCCCGCUGCUGAGGGCGAAGAUGCCGUCGUCGGCGGGCCGACUCAAGAGGGCACGGUGGGGAAAGCCGCCGCGGAGGCUUCACCGCCUGAGAGCGCGGUGCAACAAAACGCGGUCCAGCGCGACAAUACUCGCGCCUCCACGGCAGUCGCUGGGGAAACUUCAGAAGCGGCACAAGACACUGCCGGU